UACUCCUGCUACAUCUACACGAGCUUAUCCGAACAGGCGGCGAUGAUGGAUCGAUCCCAGCAAUAGAAGAAAACCCCCUUCUUUCCGGCCACCCCGAUGGAUUAUUUCUUCCACCGGUUUUCAGAAACCUAUUUUACUAAGAACUCGUUCUCCUAGACUCCUCUAUCUUUCUUAGCCAUUGCAAACCGAGAUCUCCGGGGUUUUUUCUUCUAAUGACCAUUUCCAAGGAGUUAUACCCUUCACAAGACGAUCUCUUGUUCGAAGAGGAGCUCCUGAGAAAUCCCUUUAGUCUCAAGCUCUGGUGGCGUUAUUUGAUUGCCAGACUUGAGUCUCCUUUCAAGAAACGUUUUGUAAUUUAUGAACGAGCGCUAAAAGCAUUGCCUGGAAGCUACAAGCUUUGGCAUGCCUAUUUACGUGAGCGCCUUAACAUUGUGAAGAACUUGCCAAUCACUCACCCACAGUAUGAAACCCUUAAUAACACAUUUGAGAGAGCCCUUGUUACCAUGCAUAAAAUGCCCAGAAUUUGGAUUAUGUAUCUGGAGACUCUAACCAAGCAGAAGUUGAUUACUAAAACUCGUAGAACGUUUGAUAGGGCACUUUGUGCUUUGCCUGUGACGCAGCAUGAUCGAAUUUGGGAGAUAUAUUUGCGGUUUGUGGAGCAGAAAGGUAUUCCGAUAGAAACAUCUCUUAGGGUUUAUAGGAGGUACUUGAAGUAUGAUCCGUCUCACAUUGAGGAUUUUAUUGAGUUUUUGGUGAAUUCAAGUCUUUGGCAAGAGUCUGCAGAGAGGUUAGCUUCGGUGUUGAAUGAUGAUCAGUUUUUUUCAAUAAAGGGGAAAACAAAGCAUAGGUUAUGGUUAGAAUUGUGUGAUUUGUUAACCAGACAUGCAACAGAGGUUUCGGGGCUUAAUGUGGAUGCUAUAAUUAGGGGUGGGAUUAGGAAGUUCACAGACGAGGUUGGGAGGUUAUGGACUUCAUUGGCUGAUUAUUAUAUUCGGAGAAAUUUAUUUGAGAAGGCAAGAGAUAUAUUUGAGGAAGGGAUGUCAACGGUCGUUACUGUGCGGGAUUUUAGUGUGAUUUUUGAUGCAUACUCACAGUUUGAGGAGAGUAUGGUUGCUCAUAAGAUGGAGACGAUGGAGUCAAGUGAUGAGGAGAAAGAAGAUGUUGUUGAGGAGAAUGGUUUUGAGGAAGAUGAAGAUGUUCGAUUGGAUUUGAAUUUAUCAAUUGCUAAGCUUGAGAAGAAGAUUCUUCAUGGUUUUUGGUUGCACGAUGACAAUGAUGUUGAUUUAAGGUUGGCUCGAUUGGAGCAUCUAAUGAACAGGAGGCCAGAGUUGGCUAAUAGUGUCCUCUUAAGGCAAAAUCCACAUAAUGUUGAACAGUGGCAUAGGAGGGUCAAGAUAUUUGAGGGUAAUCCCACCAAGCAGAUUUUGACGUACACAGAGGCAGUGAGGACCAUUGAUCCUAUGAAAGCUGUGGGGAAGCCCCACACUCUUUGGGUCGCAUUUGCUAAGUUAUAUGAGAGCCACAAGGAUGUUGCCAAUGCAAGAGUGAUUUUUGAUAAAGCAGUCCAAGUGAACUACAAGGCUGUAGACCACCUGGCCAGUGUUUGGUGUGAGUGGGCAGAAAUGGAGUUGAGGCAUAAAAAUUUCAGAGGAGCACUGGACCUUAUGAGGCGUGCCACAGCAGAGCCAUCAGUUGAGGUCAAACGAAGAGUGGCUGCUGAUGGAAAUGAGCCAGCUCAGAUGAAGUUGCAUAAAUCCUUGAGACUUUGGGCCUUUUAUGUGGAUUUGGAAGAGAGCUUGGGUACCUUGGAAUCCACUCGGGCUGUUUAUGAGCGCAUAUUGGAUUUGAGAAUUGCCACACCUCAGAUUAUCAUAAAUUAUGCACUGCUUCUGGAAGAGCAUAAAUACUUUGAAGAUGCAUUCAAAGUAUAUGAAAGAGGAGUCAAGAUUUUUAAGUAUCCUCAUGUAAAAGAUAUCUGGGUCACAUACCUCUCAAAGUUUGUAAAGAGAUAUGGGAAGACUAAACUUGAAAGGGCAAGAGAAUUAUUUGACAAUGCUGUUGAAACGGCCCCUGCUGAUGCAGUUAAACCAUUGUAUCUUCAAUAUGCAAAACUGGAGGAAGAUUAUGGUCUAGCAAAGCGAGCUAUGAAGGUCUAUCAUCAGGCUACUAAAGCAGUUCCAAACCACGAGAAAUUGGAAAUGUAUGAAAUAUAUAUUGCACAAGCGGCUGAGAUAUUUGGUGUACCAAAAACAAGGGAAAUAUAUGAGCAAGCAAUAGAGUCUGAUCUUCCAGACAAAGAUGUGAAGACCAUGUGUUUGAAGUAUGCAGAACUAGAAAAGAGCUUGGGAGAAAUUGAUCGUGCUCGUGCUGUAUAUGUAUUUGCGUCUCAGUUUGCUGAUCCACGAUCUGAUUCUGACUUCUGGAAUAGAUGGCAUGAAUUUGAGGUACAACAUGGAAAUGAAGAUACCUUCCGAGAAAUGUUACGCAUUAAACGGAGUGUUUCUGCAAGCUAUAGCCAGACGCACUUCAUUCUCCCAGAGUAUCUCAUGCAGAAAGAUCAGAGACUGACUAUAGAUGAUGCCAAAGACAAACUGAAACAGGCUGGGGUCCUUGAAGAUGAAAUGGCUGCAUUGGAAAGGCAAUUAGCACCCGCCACAGACAAUACUACUGCCAAAGACAGUAGCAGAAAAGUGGGGUUCGUGAGUGCUGGAGUGGAGUCCCAGCCUGAUAAUGGGAUAAAAGCCUCAGCAAAUCAUGAAGACAUUGAGCUCCCUGAUGAAAGUGACUCAGAAGAUGAAGAAAAAGUGGAAAUUGCACAAAAGAAUGUUCCAGCAGCAGUUUUUGGAGGUCUAGGCAGAAAGAGAGAAGAGAGUGAAAAAGAGGAGGAUGGAGAUGAUACAGUUGCUGUUAAAGAUAAGGACAGUGAGAAUCGUCUCGGCGCCUUGGAGAGAAUAAAGAGGCAGAAGCGAGUUUAAUGGGCUGUUUGGAGAUAAAAAUUUUGAAGCAUCAUUUAGUACUAACUACCAGAUAUCAUGUUAUACGAAAGAUUUGUCCAUUUUGUUGUGGAUGUGAAGCUUUCAGGGAAGUUUAUAUGCUGGGCUGUGGUUUCUGUUAAAUCCAUUUUGUUGUAGUUUCAGACCCACGGAUUCUGUGUCUAAAUUAACUGUUCAAAAAGUGUCAAUUAUAAAGGUGUAAAAAAUCAAUAAUAAAACUUGUGGGUCUUCUUUUCCUCUCACUAAACCUUAGGGGUGUUCACGUAAUAACCUUUUAGAAGUAGACCAGGAGAAAGACAUCACAAAAGAAUGCUUUGUUGGCAACCAUGGUGUCUUCCGAACGUGGAGAGGCUUUUAAUUGAUGUCUGAAAAUGACAAUGAAAGUCAGUGUCGGCAUGUUGGGAAGGAUAA